AUGUGCGCUAACUCAUGCUGGCCGAAUGGGCAAAGUUGGAAACACUAUUGGCCUGCUAGGAUGGUAUCUUUAAUUGCUGUCCUUCAGCUUUUUGUUUCGUUUGCUGUUGGGGGACUUCAUAUUGCUAUUGUUACUAUUGGUUCAGUUUCACUUUGUGCUGUUUUUAUGAGUUGGUAUGUUAUCGGCUUUGUUUUCUUGGGAGUUUCCAUCAUAUGCUGGAUUUCAAUCUGCUGUGUCAGUUGCUGUAAUCGAUCAUCUGUUGCUUGUGCAACAUAUGUAAUGAUAACAAAUGUUCUUACUUUCAUCUUAGCAGCUGUACUGAUCAGUUUUGAUAACAAAUUUAUUAAUGGACAAUUAGCUGGCUCCGUUAUCAUGCUUGUGUUAUCUCUGCUUUUUAUUGCUAUUUAUAUCUAUGUAUACAUACGAGCAGUACGCGAUGAUGAGUACAGACCGAAUGAUCAUCGACAACGGCCAGGUCAACAUGCAUCCAAUCAGACUCCAGAUUACGAAAUCCCAACACCGCACACAGUUCCCCCAUUGUCACGGCGGCCACCAGGAAUAGCUUAUUUGAAACCUAAUAACGCUCGCUAUGACAAUCAGCCCCCAGGUAUCAUUUGUCCUAGUUGCGGAGCAGCAGUGGUAGUAAUUGAACAAUUUUAA